AAUAAUUUAUAAAAAAAAUGGAUGCAUAUGAUAUUUUUAAAAAACUUGCUGUUGGAUCAAAAUUCAAUGUACGACGCUUUCAAUCGGAUGCUGAAAAAUUUAAGUUAAUUAAUAAAAAAACUGAAAAUAUACCUAAAACCAUCGAAACAAAAACAUCUGAACCUGUUGAUACUUGUACCAAAACAUCUCUUAAAAGAAAAUAUAAUGAAGAUGAAGAAGAAAAGCAGAUCGACACUUUAACAUUAAUUGAAGGAAUAUCCGUUCCUGUAGAUGGAAGUAAAAUAAAAGCUAAAAGAAAUAAAAGCUCUAUGACAGAAGUUAAAAAACUUAAUUUGGAACGUGAACAGAUAAAUCAAUUUCGUAAUCAGCAUCAUAUAUCGGUAACAGGUUCCCGUGUACCUAAAGCUAUAGGUACAUUUGAUGAAUUAUUAACAGAAUAUCAUGUAUCUCAAAAAUUGUUAGACAAUAUGAAACAAUGUGGAUACGAUGAACCAACACCUAUUCAAAUGCAGGCAAUACCUGUUUUAUUACAAAACAGACAAUUAUUAGCUUGUGCUCCAACAGGAUCAGGAAAAACUGCAGCUUUUUUAUUACCAAUCAUACAUCAUUUAAAUGGUCCACAAAAAAAUGGCUUUCGAGCUAUAAUUCUAAGUCCUACUAGAGAAUUAGCUAAACAAACAUACAGAGAAUGUUUAAGACUUAGUGAAAAUUAUGGCUUUAGAGUACAUAUUAUCAGUAAAAUUAAUCAGGCACUUUCUAAAUAUGGUCCUACAAGUUCACAAAAGUUUGAUAUAUUAAUUACUACACCGAAAAGAUUAAUAUUUUUAUUACAACAGGAACCACCUGCCAUAUCUUUAGCUAAUGUACAGUGGUUAAUAGUAGACGAAGCCGAUAAACUUUUUGAAGAUGGAAUGCGAGGCUUCAGAGAUCAAUUAGAAGAAAUUUCUACAGCAUGUACAAAUUCUAACUUACAUCGUGCAAUGUUUAGCGCAACAACUACACCUACAGUAACAAAGUGGUGUCGCAAGAACCUUAAAGGUCUCGUUACUGUUACUGUUGGUCCAAGAAAUUCUGCUGUAGAUCUUGUAGAACAAGAGCUAUUAUUUGUUGGUAGUGAAAGAGGAAAACUUUUAGCAAUUAGAAAUAUUAUACAAAAGGGUAUUGCCCCACCAGUAUUGGUAUUUGUACAGAGCAAAGAAAGAGCUCAAGAACUUUUUAGUGAACUUAUUUAUGAUGGCAUAAAUGUUGAUGUUAUUCAUGCCGACCGAACUCAAGCCCAGCGAGAUAAUGUAGUACGUUGCUUCAGAGAAGGGAAAAUAUGGGUGUUAAUAUGUACAGAAAUAAUGGGUAGAGGUAUUGACUUCAAAGGUGUAAAUCUUGUUAUUAAUUACGAUUUUCCGCCAACUGUGAUUUCGUAUAUUCAUAGAAUAGGUAGAACUGGUCGAGCAGGUCAUAAAGGAAAAGCAAUUACGUUUUUUACUAAACAGGAUACAACAAAUUUAAGAAGUAUUGCAGCAACUAUGCGUGCAUCAGGUUGUGACGUUCCAGAAUAUAUGCUGACUAUGAAAAAACAUAGCAAAAAAGAAAGGCGAAAACUUGAACGAACAGCUCCUAAAAGAGAAACUAUAUUGACAGGACCGAAACAUAAACGAAAUGAAAUGAAAAUGUUUACAAAUAAUAAUAAAACUGAAAAGAAAAAAAUAGUUGUAAAUAUUAAAAAAAAGGGAAGCAAGAAAAAAGUUAUGAAUAUUAAGAAAGUAGAAGGAAAGAAAAAAAUUGUGAACACUGAAAAAGCUGCAAAAGAUACGCACUAACUAUGCAAAUCGAUCAAAGAUAAUGUUAAUAGUAUUUUAUUAUAAUAUGUCAUGGAAGUAAUAUUUGAUAUUGAUUAUAUAUACAUUUUUAUAAUCAA